GCCUCUUUGUGUCUGGCUGAGACACAGGAGCAGUGGCUGGAGGAGGAGGUUUGUGUAUGGGUGAAAAAGAAGGGGAGGGGAGAUAUCUCAGUGCCUUCCUCACCACCACUUCAGUCAACAGUUCCCCUCCUUCUUAGUCCUCUCACCACAACAAACCCCCCUUCGGUUGGCUUCCCCAGGGAAGUUGCUGCAGCCAGCCUAGGGUGAUCGCUUGUGCUAGGGAUUUAAGCAGAAGCACUUACAGCCUAUCCCUCAGGAGCCAACUACGGGCCUCAACCGCGAUAUCUGGGACAGCUGCUUGCCACAGCACAGCUCAUUUUCACUGGGAUUUUAUCACCUAAUGGGAAUGUGGCUCCUGAAUGCUGCAAAACUGAAUGAGAAAGAAGGAACGUCGCACUUAAGUAUAGCGUCUUGGUAAAAUAUAAUUUAAGUUUUUUUUUGGAAAAGAAGAAGCUAAAUAAUUUUAUAAAAUAUACCGUAAUUUUGUCAAAGGGGACAAUUUUUGAAAAGUAAUAGAAGUAUGCUGUUAUAUCAAUAAUAUAUUAAAAAAUAUAGUACUUUUAUAAAAAACAAACAAUAUUUUUUGGGUGCAAUUUAUACCUAUUUUCACAAUAGGUAGGAAAUUACUUUCCUUGGUAAUGGGGUUUGAGUAAAAGCUCCAAGUGAAAUAAAUAUAAUUGUUUUGGCUGAGAUGGAUUUUACAUUAUUUAUUCCCAUACCUUUACAUAUGCUGGGCAUGCAUACACAGAGUCCUGUGUAGUAUAUUGAUUUACCAUUGCUUUUAUUGUUAUGUUUUGGGAAAUAAUUCAAUUUCAUUGGAAAAGCGGUUACCCCUUUGGAAUAUACCUCCUUGAAAUGAGCAUUAAUUGUCAGAAAACAGCAUUGCACCCAAUGAGAAUAUAAAGCCAGAAACUGUCUACCCUAAUGGAUUAGAAGACAAUCAAUUUCCUCGUGAAACUGGAUAAUUUUCUGAGGGACUGGAUCCCCUCUCAUUUUUUUUCCAUUCCCGUGGCUACCUACUAUCUCAAUUCUUUGGGAUUAUUAUGGCUUCCUAUCGGAUUUUUAUUUUCCUGUUCUUUAUCUUACAUCAUUCCACCCUCCUGGCUACAGCUGCUGCUGCUCAAAAUGAGGAGCGCUUAUGUGCAUACAAAGAUCCCCACAAUCAGGACCAAGAGGUCAGCGAGAGCAAAAUCUCUCACGAAAAUGGCACGGCCAUAUGUAACAAGGGCAGCACUUGCUAUGGAUUAUGGGAAAAAACACGAGAAGGUGAAAUCCAUCUUGUCAAACAAGGAUGCUGGGCCUUCAUCAGCGAUCCACAUGAUUGUCAUUUUGAUGAAUGUGUGGUUACCACUACACCACCACUUAUUCAGAAUGGCACAUACCGCUUCUGCUGCUGUCGUGUGGACAUGUGCAACGUCAAUUUCACAGAAAAAUUCACGUCGCCCAACCCCACAGACACCACACCUUACAGCUCAAAUGGGCACUUUCACCGUGAGAUGACCAUAAUUAUUGCCCUGGCUUCCAUCUCUAUAAUGGCUGUACUUAUUGUGGUGUUUUUCUUCGGGUACAGGAUAUUUGGAGGCAAUCGCAAGCAAGGACUUCAUAGUAUGAAUAUGAUGGAAGCCGCAACAUCAGAACCAUCACUGGACCUAGACAACCUGAAGUUAUUAGAGCUUAUAGGCCGAGGUCGUUAUGGUUCUGUGUACAAAGGAUCACUAGAUGAGCGUCCUGUGGCGGUGAAAGUCUUCUCCUCCAACAACAGGCAGAACUUCAUCAACGAAAGGAAUAUUUAUCGCACCCCUCUACUGGAGCAUGAUAACAUAGCUCACUUCAUUGCGGCAGAUGAGCGAGUGACUUCAGAUGGGCGUCUGGAAUAUCUCCUAGUUAUGGAAUAUUACGCAAAUGGAUCGCUGUGCAAGUAUUUAAGCAUUCACACUAAUGAAUGGCUUAGUUCCUGUCGCCUGGCACAUUCGGUGACCAGGGGUUUAGCAUAUCUACACACAGAGUUACAACGUGGAGAUCUCUAUAAGCCUGCAAUUUCCCACCGGGACCUCAACAGCCGUAAUGUACUGGUAAGGAGUGACGGUACCUGUGUGAUCAGUGACUUUGGACUAUCUAUGCGUCUUACUGGCAACCGAUUGGUGAGGCCAGGAGAUGAAGAUAAUGCGGCAAUCAGUGAGGUUGGCACAAUCCGAUAUAUGGCCCCUGAGGUCCUGGAGGGAGCGGUAAACCUGAGGGACUGUGAGUCUGCCUUGAAGCAAGUUGACAUGUAUUCGCUUGGUCUCAUCUAUUGGGAGAUCUUUAUGAGAUGCACAGACCUCUUCCCUGGGGAAUCUGUGCCAGAAUAUCAAAUGGCAUUUCAAGCAGAGGCAGGAAAUCAUCCGACAUUUGAAGAUAUGCAGGUCCUGGUGUCCAGGGAGAAGCAGAGGCCUAAAUUCCCAGAAGCCUGGAAAGAGAACAGUCUGGCGGUUAGAUCUCUGAAAGAGACAAUAGAUGAUUGCUGGGAUCAGGAUGCAGAGGCGCGACUAACAGCUCAGUGUGCUGAGGAGAGGAUGGCAGAGCUUAUGAUGAUCUGGGAGAGGAACAAGUCUGUGAGCCCCACCAUCAACCCAACAUCUACAGCUGUGCAGAAUGAGCGUAAUUUAUCUCAGAGCCGACGAGUUCCAAAGAUUAGACCAUAUCCAGAUUACUCCUCAUCCUCUUACAUUGAGGAUUCUGUGCAUAAUACAGACAUCAUUGUGAAGAACAUCUCAUCUGAGACUUCCAUGUCUAGUACGCCCAACACCACCAGCGAGAAGAAUCGCAACUCCAUAAAUUAUGAGAGGCAGCAGGCUCAGGCACGCUUACCUAGCCCAGAGACCAGUGUCACAAGCUUGUCAACAAAUACCACAAACACUACAGGACUCACACCAAGCACUGGUAUGACCACAAUAUCAGAGAUCCAGUACUCAGAUGAUGCUAUGCACAGUGUUCAACCCAUGGGGCCAACACCUGUUUAUUUGCAACUGACAGAGGAAGACCUUGAGACUAAUAAGCUGGAUCCAAAAGAGGUGGAUAAGAACUUAAAAGAGAGCUCAGAUGAGAACUUAAUGGAACAUUCCCUAAAGCAGUUUAGUGGACCUGACCCACUGAGCAGUACCAGCUCCAAUCUUUUCUAUCCACUGAUAAAACUAGCAGUGGAGUCCACAGGACAAACCGAUUUCAGUCAAGCUGGAAACCCAGAUGCUAUCUCUACCCAACUGUAUCCUCUUCCAAAGCAACAGAACCUUCCCAAGAGACCAACCAGCCUCCCACUGAAUACAAAAAACUCAAGCAAGGAGUCCCGGCUAAAAUUUGGUAGCAAGCACAAAUCUAAUUUAAAGCAUGUUGAAACAGGUGUUGCCAAAAUGAACACAGUAAGUGCUGCAGAACCACAUGUAGUAACUGUAAGUACUGCUGGGGUAGGGGGCAGGACAGGCUAUGUGAAUUCUCAAGGCCCCACAAGCCAGCAUACCAACUCUGCAUCUAGCACUAACUCAAUGGCCUUAAGAGCACAGGAGAUGCUACAGAACCAAUUUAGAGGAGAUGACAGCCGCCUGAACAUAAAUUCCAGCCCAGAUGAGAAUGAACCUCUGCUCAGGCGGGAGCAACAAGCUGGACAGGAUGAGUCUGUUUUAGAUAGACUAGUGGAUAGGAGGGAGCACCCUGCAGAGAGCAGUCGUGUGAAUUCCAACAAUAACAACAACAGCAGUCAGUGUGUGCUCCCAGAUGUAGCGGCACAAACCGCUCCUGUAGAGACCAGGCAGCAUCCGGCAAGGAGGGCACAAAGGCCAAACUCUCUGGAUUUGUCAUCCUCCACUAUUAUGGAUAACUGCAGCAUACAGUAUGAUACAUUAUCAGACAGUCGUUCAGGAGAAAAAAUAAAGAAACGAGUUAAGACACCAUACUCCCUCAAACGCUGGCGUCCCUCUACUUGGGCCAUUCCAACAGAACGGCAGGACUAUGAGGUUAACAACAAUGGAAUUGGCGAGACCUUCAGCCACUCAAAGUCCAGCACUGCUGUUUAUCUUAUAGAUGGGGCCACCACCACUGCUGCCCUUAAAGAUGCCAGGAUGAGCUGCUUAUAAGUUACCAAUCCCUUCUCAUGUGGCUUUUUUUUUUUCUUCAAACUCACAAACUUGGUGUGUUUUUGUUUUUUUAUUGCAUCAUAAAAAGAGUAAAAGACCUGAAGACAAAAACGACAAAGCAACAUAAUUUGUAUUAUCAACUCUUUGUACAGGACUUGCUUUAACCCAUGUUCUGAGAGACCAGCAAUGUCUUGUAAAACUAUUUCAUUGCUUGUCUCUACAGAACCUGAAAGGUUUGAAUAGAUUUCAGCUAUGCAGCAGAACACAAAACGGCUUAUGCUUCCAUAUUUUUAUUUUCAUCAUUUUUAGUUUGUUGUAGAUUUUUUAAAAUUGUUUUUGCACCUUUUUUUCUGAUUUAGUGUUGCUCAUGUUUUUUUUAAGUCUGAUCAUCAAGCUUUACAUAUAAGUAUAUGUAACAAGAAAACAAGGAAUGAAAUGUAGAUGAGAAAUUUUUGUUUGAAACAACAAAAACGUUUGCCGACCAACACGGUCUCUAAAAAUGCAGAGUAAAAUGUCAGACAGGAUGAACUGCAACAGUGUCUUGUAAAUGUAUUUUUAAUUUUUAAGUUUGUCUCGUCCGUAUGUUGGUGUUAAGUGGUGCACUCAAGGAGAGAGAAGUAUGUUCUCAAAGAGAGAUGCUUAAAUUCUGCCUUUUCUUUUACUAGCUAAGACUUUGCACUUUUUAGAUAAAAGCACUGCGGGUCAUGUUAAAAAUGGCUGCUUCUGUGAAUCUCUCCAUUUUGCUCCAUCCAUGAACCAUUUGCUGCAAAUAGGUUUCCUUACACCCUGUUUGAGUUGUUAAAAUAUAUCUAGGUAUAAGGAAGACAGAUUUACAGCAUCUUCCAUCAGUAUAUUAUUUUAGGGGCUUUUAAUAUGUUUACCUUUACCAGACUUUGAAUACUGAAGCAUGAAAAUUGGAGCGAGAAUACACAGGUGACGCCAAUUAAAGCUUUGUUUAAAGAAAAUAAUAGAUUAAAAGUAUAUACAAAUAUAUAUAUGUGAUCUUAUAAAGAAGGUCUACAAGUAAUAUUUUAUCCUCUGUGCAGAAGUGAGCAUUUGAUUACCAUGCUGCAUUAUCUUUUAAAUUCCUGGCUUUUCUUGUACUGAAAUGUGCAAUGGUCUAUAAUUUGCGCAAUGCUUUACUGGAAAGUACUUUUUCUCUAACAACUUAUGCCAUGUUUGCAAAUAUUUUUUUUAAAUAAAUAUCCUUCUCUAAAAAAAAACCAACUUAUAAAAUGUUCUUGUGCACUACUCUAUACAUUUGACUUUUUGUUGGUUGAAUUCUUAUUUAUAACACAAUAUCAAGUUAUGCAAAUUUGUUAUCUUUAAGAAAGAAAAGUGUUUUUGCUCUUUUAGAUUUAAGUAAAUGCAAAAUAUUUCAUUUACUAACUAAAAUAUUAAAGGGCACGAACCCCAAACUUUUUUUUUUCUUCAUAACAAUUUUAAACAACUUUCUAAUGUAUUUUUUUUAUCAAAUUUGAUUAAUCAUCUUUGGAAGAAAUGCACUACUGGAAGCUAGCGUUUGCCAAGGACAAAAAGAAAACUUAAGGAGCCAAUGGCAAGAGGCAUAUAGAUGAAGCCAAUCAGCAGCUAGCUCCCAGUAGUGAAAUGAUACUCCUAAACCUAAGUAUGCUUCUCUACAAAGGAUACCAAGAGAAUGAAGCAAAUUAGAAAAUACAAGUAGAUUGGAUAGUUCUGUCUAAAUCUUGAACGUUGUUUACUUUCUGUCCCUUUAAGUUUCUCAAUUUUACAAGCAUUUCACAAUCAAAAGUCUAAUAAUUCUUUAGAAGUUUAUUUUUUAUUUACAGAUUAUUCACAAUUGUUCUGAAAUACAGUGACAUACAGAAAAGUAUUUAGUUUGAGAAACAGCAAGAAAAUGCAUUGUAAACUCCUUAUAUACAGAAAAUGUAUUAGUUAUAUAAACAAAUAAACAAAAGGUGAUCAGAUCUGUUAGUUUACACUAGCGUUACAUGUAAUACGAGGCCUGUUUUUCAAGUCACACCAUGGAUAAUGAUCCUCACCCUAUGAAAAGGUAAUAAAAAAUCAUGCAAGUUGUAAAAUUACUAAAUGUGUUAAAAGGUUUAAGAACAAAUACUGGUAUGCAGAAUGAAAAUUAUAAUAUUGUUAACACAGUGGAUUAAAUGUAUUUAAAUGUUCUUUUUAUUAAAUAACUUUAAAGAAA